AUGCCUAGGAAGAAAACGUCGCCACCAGAAAAGAAAGGAUCGAAAUUUCUAGCAACUUUUUGUUGCUGCUGUUAUUCACCACCAAAAAAAAAAUCAAAGGAAAAGUCCAAACUAUUAAAAAAUUCUGCCGUGGAUGAUGAUCGCGAUGAACUUACUUCAUCUUCUGGUGAACAUUACCCGAUGGAAGAAAACAGCUGCUCUAGUCGAAGCCAUGGCGAUAAUGGACCACCUAGCCCAAUAACAACUUACGAACAGGUUAUUACCAACAGGGAAGAAGAAAUCACUUUACCACAAAACUCUUAUGUUACCAGAGCUCUAGACGCUAAAAGCGUUGUUGGCUACUACGGUAAAGUAUCAGGUAAAAUCGAUAUGGAUGAUGGAAAUAAGCAUUAUGUCUUCAAGCAAUGGAAUGAUGUGACCUGCAUACUGAUCAUAAUCAUUAUUACUGAGCAGAUUUUUCAAGAUAUCAAUGUUGGUAAACAAGUAGAAAUUUUAUUGAGAAUUCGUCAUGAAAAUAUCAUUAAAGUCUUGGCCUAUAUUAGAAACGAUUCAUUUGGUGGUGUCUUGGAGGAAUAUUGUCAUAUCACACUUCAUAAUCGUUUAUUUGAUAUUGGGCCAACAAAUAGUGCUGCAGUCUUAGAUUGCUUUCGACGUUAUCGUAUCUUGUUUGAUAUUAUGAUGGCUUUAAAGUAUUUGCACGAGAAAAAGAUUGUCCACAAUAAUAUCACCAGCUAUAAUAUUUUAUUAACACAAGAAAAUAAAGCUAAAUUAACUCAUGGCGGUUACCAAAGCAUAUUUUCGGGAAUAGAUCGUGCCAUAGAUAAAACAUAUUUUAAGACAGUUCCAACGAAAUUGGAAUAUUACAGUCCUCAAGCACUAACCGGUAUUUUACAACCAGAAAAUGAUAUCUAUAGCUUUGGUGUGAUCAUUUUGGUUAUGGUUAUUGGCAACGAGCCGUACCAGCCUAAUAAUAAGCAAUACCGUUAUGCGAUGCGGGUGUUGAGAGAAGAUUCAGAUUGGUCCAUGUUAAAAGAUUUUAGGAUUAAAUGGCCUAAAAAUCAAGUAUAUCCUUCGCGAAAAACAUUUCGCAAAGUUCUAUUAAGAACUGCUUAUGAAUGUGUUAAAAAGAAUAAAAAUUCAAGACCAACAUUAACUGAUAUAUCAAUUCUUGAAAAAUAUGUAGACUAG